GCCUGACAAGUGAGGGGAACCUGCCGGGGGAUUACUGCUCGCUCAGGGCAGGACCGAGGCCUCGGAAGCGGGGAUGGGCAGGGCAGCCUCCAAGCCUGGGCCAGCAGCACCAAGAGCGCCCGCUCGGUUGCCCCAGGUGGCACCCAAAGCAGCACUCUUCUGAGGAGCCGGUGAUCGCAGGCCCCAAAGGACCGCACGGCAGGAGCUGGAGCUCGGCCACCCCUCCACAACUAGGACCAUCAGGAGAAGAGGCUGGCGCCUCGGGGGAAGUAGGAAGGAGGAAUCCAACGGCAGGAGGACCUUGUCCCUGAAGAGUUUAUCGGCACCCGCAGAGCUUCCUAAGUCUCUUCUCUCCAGAUUGGGCUCGUUCCCUUUUCUCCCCCGGCAGAGGCAUUGGGCCCAGAGACGGGAAGACUUCAUGACUUUCUGGCUGCUGGAAGCCCACGUGCUCUCUGCUGUGACUGGGGUUCAAGGGCUUCCCCGCUGCGGGGGACGAGGGGCCGCCUCGGCAUCUGCUCAUGAACCACAAGGACCCCGAAUGCUCCAGACUGGAUCGUUUCAAGCCGCCAAAGAGGGGGACCCCCAGAGCUGGCAGCCAGCAACCCCAAGGGACUAGAGGGCUGGGAUGGACUGACCUCCUCUUUGCCGCGGCUCGAGGAGCAGCAGAACCUCUGUGGCCCAGUUAGUGGCAGACGGAGCUGAUGAAGCCGUGAGCGGGGCUGGCGGCCGGGACAGGAGCCGCUGCUGCCGCCGGACUCUCCAGGCGCUGGGGGCGCAUGCGCGGGCCCCUGCUGCCGUCCCAGCUCAGCACCCGCCCGCAUGUCCUUUGCACGAGGUGCCAAAGAACGCGGGCUGCUCUGUAGCUGGCCUGUCGGCGGGCUGGGGAAGCAGUGGCCGCGGUGAGGCCCGCCUGCCACCGGCCUGAGGGCCCAGCUCCCGGGGCGCGCACCAUGAAGUGCUCGCUGCGGGUGUGGUUCCUCUCCAUGGCCUUCCUACUGGUGUUCGUCAUGUCGCUGCUCUUCACCUACUCCCACCACAGCACAGCCACCCUGCCCUACCUGGACUCGGGUGCCCUGGACGGGGCCCCGCGGGUGAAGCUGGUUCCGGGCUACGCUGGCCUGCAGCGCCUCAGCAAGGAGGGGCUGGCCGGCAAGAGCUGCGCCUGUCGCCGCUGCAUGGGCGACACCGGCGCCUCUGAGUGGUUCGACAGCCACUUUAACAGCAACAUCUCCCCCGUCUGGACUCGGGAGAACAUGGACCUGCCCCCCGACGUCCAGAGGUGGUGGAUGAUGCUGCAGCCACAGUUCAAGUCACACAAUACCAACGAGGUGCUGGAGAAGCUGUUCCAGAUAGUGCCAGGCGAGAACCCCUACCGGUUCCGGGACCCCCGCCAGUGCCGGCGCUGCGCCGUGGUGGGCAACUCGGGCAACCUGCGGGGCUCUGGCUACGGGCCAGACGUGGACGGGCACAACUUUAUCAUGAGGAUGAAUCAGGCACCAACCGUGGGCUUUGAGCAGGAUGUCGGCAGCCGAACCACGCACCAUUUCAUGUACCCCGAGAGUGCCAGGAACCUGCCCGCCAACGUCAGCUUCGUGCUGGUGCCCUUCAAGGCCCUGGACCUCCUGUGGAUCGCCAGCGCCCUGUCCACCGGGCAGAUCCGAUUCACCUAUGCCCCAGUGAAGUCCUUCCUUCGAGUGGACAAAGAAAAGGUCCAGAUCUACAACCCAGCCUUCUUCAAGUACAUCCAUGACAGGUGGACAGAGCAUCAUGGGCGGUACCCUUCCACUGGGAUGCUGGUACUCUUCUUUGCCCUGCAUGUGUGUGAUGAGGUGAACGUGUACGGCUUCGGGGCCGACAGCCGGGGCAACUGGCACCACUACUGGGAGAAUAACCGGUACGCGGGCGAGUUCCGGAAGACGGGCGUGCACGACGCCGACUUCGAGGCGCACAUCAUCGACAUGCUGGCCAAGGCCAGCAAGAUCGAGGUCUACAGAGGGAACUGAGCCCGGCCGCGCCGCGACUCUUCGGCCCCGCUGAC